AUGGUAAACACCACGCUGCCCGACGGCACGCUCUGCGAGAUCUGGGAGCUUGACGGCUUCUUCCAGGACCAGUGGUUUUUCAUGGAGCACAUGGACGUUGUGAGAGAGGCCUUCUGGCACCAGCCCACUGCCGACCAGGCCGCAGAGAACCUCAAGUGGCUGAUGUACAAUGAGAGGGGGCCCUACGUUGGCAUCCACAUUCGCCUGGGGGACUACAAGUACACCAAUCGCAACAUGCCCAUCACGUACUACAAGGACGCCUUGGAUGCGGUGAAGGCGAGGAACCAAAACUCUUCCUUGACCUGCCUGAUCCUGUCGGACGACAUCCCGGAGGCCAUGGAGGUCACGGCGGCCCUCGAGCAGUGUGGCAGGCGGGUGCCGGUGCCACCAGACCUGGGCGAGGCGAACAGUUUCUACAUGCUGGGGCUGAUGCCCAACAUCAUCAUCGCUGACUCUAGCUUCUCCUUCUGGGCCGCCCGCCUCGCGCCGCACGAGCCUUUUGUGGUCGCGCCGGGCAUCAGCAAGGAGAGAUCCGAGGCGCAGUCAGCGUACGAGUACUUGCUGCACACGCCUGGGUGGCAUGUUGUGAACACCACUACUGACAUGCUCGACAAGUACAAGACGAAUGCUACCGUUAUGCUGGAAAUGGAGCAGCGCGCCUAG